ACAGAGAGUCAACCAGAGCAACUAAGAGUAUCCGCAUUCAUAGUGACUUGUGCUUACAUGUGGGUUUGUGUGAUCAGAUCAUAUGAAAGAGAAAUUGGCGACGACGGUGGCGACGACCAGCUUUACCACUUUGCUUUCAUGGCAGAUUGCAGAGAUCGCCUGAAUUUAUCCGCAACAUAAUUUGGAAACUGCUGGGAACCUCGUUUCGCAGAAGCGAAGAGGAACGAGCUGGUGGGGGAAAAUGGGUUUUGGCGGCGGCGAAGGCUAUUGGAAGAGAAGCAUCGGAACUGGAUAAAGGAGUGCUGAGAGGGGCGGAGAAGUGGCUGUCAAGGCGAAGGAAGUAUUCCAGUCUGGUGUCCACACUGUUUCAGUUGCAGGGUCGCCAAAAUUGCGUGUGUACGAAACGGACUUCGGAUGGGGGAGGCCAAAGAAGGCAGAGGUGGCUCACCUUCGCUCUUAUGGGGGAAUGUCGAUUUCAGAGAGUGGAGGUGAAGAAGGAGGGGUUGAGUUUGGACUGGCUCUUUCUCAGGACGUGUUGGAGAGAUUCAAUGUUGCUUUUAAGCAAGGCUGGUUGGGACUAAGGUAAACAACAGUGAGUAAAGCUCUUUAAUCAGAAAAAAGGAGCCUGGUCCUGGAGAAUAAAGUCAUGAAAUUAAUUGAUUUGUUUGGCGACAGUUCGAACUACAGGGCAGGAAGGUAAUGAAACAAUCAUCAUCCCGGGGACAACCCCAGUUAAUUAUUAAGCUCAGGGACUGCAUUGAAGAGCUCCUGAAGUUCACUCUCCACUCUCAAAUGAACGGAACCCUGAUCUUGGGCUCUCCAAAGAUUCCUGCUUUUCUCUUCUCAAAGACGAAUCAAGUGACCCCAUCACCGGUUAAGAAGCGAAGAAAAUCAGUGAGAAUCUUGUCUAGGCUUGCAAUUUACUGUGCCUAUUGAACUGUCUGGGUUGUCUUAUGUUUCUAAUGAAAGUGUGAAACUUGAUUCAAGAUAUAGUUUGAUUUGUGGUCAAGAAAUUAAAUGGAAACAAUUAGAAGGCAUAACUCCCCUGACAUAUUGUUGAAGUGAAUGAUUGAUCAGAUUCUUCAGGAGCCCCUGAACCUCCUGUAUGCAGUAAACUAGCGUCAGAUAUGGUUAUGCAAUUUUAUGUUAUGUUAUACAUCCCUUCCUGAAACUUCUUUGUAUUUAUUUUUCACUUUUUUGGUAUAUUGGGUUAACAUUGCACGGUUUGAACUGUUGAUUUUAUCCCAAACUAACAGUAUCCAUAUGUUUCUUCUUCACUAUUACUGAAAGAAAAAAAGAUUUGAAUU